AUGAAUUCAUCAGCACCUCAUACCUUUAUGCCCAUGGGCUCUAACGCCCGUGCUUCUGAGCCUGGCUCGCCAGAAUUUGAUGCGUUCAUCCACUCUGAUCUGUGCGCAGGACCCAGUCAAACACCAGAAGCUCCAUCGGCGACCACAUCUUCCACGACAAGCACCAGCACUGCUUCCUCUGCGUCCUUUGGGUUCGCGGCGGCACUGUACCCACAGAACCUCGUAAAGCAGGAAGAUGCGAUGCCUCUUUGGGGCAGUGCGGAUCCUGUCACGGCUGCGGCCGCUGCGUCUUCGACCUCCUCGUCCUCGACGGCGGCGGCGGCAGCGGCGGCCCUCUCCUCGGAGCCAGGCUCCUCGUUACGGCUACCUGACCCUUCGUUCCCCAACUCUUCGUUGUGGGCGCCUGGUGCUGCUGCGUCGGUGCCUGGCGCGCCGCAUGUCGUCUCGGCGUUUCGGACGUUGGGGGCGGCUGCGACGUCAUCGUCGCCUACGAAGCAGGACACGAGUGCAGGUCAUGCGGCUCUUGCCCAGCUGAUCGGACAUGGCACGAUGCCUGCCUCGGCGCCCUCGUGGCUCUCGCAGUCGCUGCCGGCCCCCACCACCACGCCAUCGUCGACGUCCGAGGCGUCAUCGAGCCAAUCCGACGGCCCUCAAGCCAAGCGGGCGCGCGUGAGUGAGUCGCCUGAGCGCAAGGCCCGGUCCAUUUCUGCGUCCAUGUCGACCAUGUCGGCCGAUGAUGAGGAGGGGGAGCGUGGCCGUACCCAACGUCGCUCUGCUUCGGCUGGCUCACGGCGUGCGCCGCCCUCGGCAUCGCAAGUGACGGAAGCAGGUCUGCCGUUCCCUGUGAUUGAUACGUCGGUGAAGCAUUCGAGUCUGUUUGUGCCGCCUGACACGUCUGGCCUGACCAAACGCGAGGCGCGCCUGGUGAAGAACCGCGCCGCGGCCUUUUUGUCACGGCAACGCAAGCGUGAGCAGUUUGAAGAGCUUGCGUGCAAAUGCCGUGCGUUGGCGCGUUUAUCGUAUAUGCUUUGGGACGCCUUGGAUCAUGCUACGGCGUCGUCCAGUGCCCUACCAGGCCUCUCGUCGAUGGAUCGUGUGCUGGAAGCCACGUCGCUUCAUGAGCAGCUGGCCUUUGAUACCGAUGGUCUGCGGUCCACGCUGCAGCAAGUCGUGGCGAACAAAGGCGGGAUGAUUGUGGAAGGCAUCAUGGGCGACGAUGGGCCGUCCAAGACGCGAACGCACGAUAUUACAGCGCAGCUGGCCGCGUCGCAAAAAGAGUGUGAACGUCUUCGUGCAGAGUUGGAUGCGCUACGUGAUUCUACCUCUACGACGUCCCCCACCACCUCGUCGACGUCGUCGCUGGUGCAGCUGGUGGGCGAUGCUCUGAUGAAGGCGCACCAAGCGCCGCCGGAAUCGGACGCGGCCGAGCUGCUAUCGAAAGACGAUGGCGCGAUGCAGAUGCGUAUGGUGGUUGCGCCGGAGAGCGAGGCGGUCCUGUGCACACUGACGCCAGAGUCGCAUACGGAGCGACUGUCUGCAGCGUCGCCGGCUAUGGCGGCGACGGCGCACGACGACGAGGAAAAGUCGUGGCGGUGCUCGACGCCCGUGGAGUCCAGCGAGGCGUCGAUGCCCUCGUUGUGUUCCAGUGCCUCCCCGUCGCUGUCCUCGCUAUCGAGUGGCAGCUCGGGAGCGCGUCGUUCACAUGCGCGGCGCGUGGUGGCAUACUGUGCAGGGGUGGAUCGAUCCACGUCGCUGUUGGGCGACGUACGCCCCUUGUACUUGGACGACUGGGCCGCGGCGCAUGCAGAGCCACUUCAGCAGCCGACGUCGGUGCGCAGUAGCCGUACAGAGGAGGUGGUGCAGUGUGCGACGCGCGCUUUGGAGACGCUGCUGACUCAAAACAAGAUGGAUGUACAGCAGGGUUGCUUCCUAGUCGCCUCGCAGGGCAACGAGGCGCUGAAGUUGGCUCUGUAUGCCAAGCCUUGUGCGGAGGAGACGUCGUCGCAGCACGGCGCGUUCCUUCUUCCGGCGGUGCGCGAUACGUUGCGUGCGUUGGCCGAGGGUGAGUAA